AUCUAAUGCAGGGGGGAAGCAGGUAAGCACAGGGUCACCUCAAAGAUUACCAAGGAUUGUUGUAAUGAAGAGGCUGGCGGCGGAUUCAACGAACCUCCCCCCGAACCCACCUCCAUCCAGUAUCUCCACCCAAGGUACAGUACCAGUUCCAGCGAUAAAUACCCCGUUGCGCUGCAUCGCCAGAACGUCAAGGCGGCAUCACACUCACUCGCCGCAAGUUCCGAUUCAACAGCCUUCAGAUGGCUGGCUCCGGGAGCAGGCUGCGCUCAGCCGCAGUUAUCGGCGUCUUCGUCUCCAGUCUCUGCCUGACUCUCGUGCAGCUGCCAUGGCUGGCGGCGUUGUACCUCUUCCCCAGCCAGCGACCCGUCCCGGCGUGGACGUACCGGCAGGCUCUUUCUCGCUCGCUCAUCCGCUCGCUGCUGGACUUCCUGGUGGCCAUCGAGUCCAAGCCGCCACUAGACCUCGAACCCGGCAAGGACAAGGACCGCUUCAUCCUCGUCCCGCCCGCCUCGCCGCAUCUGUACCGCGACAUCCUGCUCAGCGACCCCGAGAUCAAGCCCGCCACCAUCGGCGGGCUCUGGUUCCCGCGGCCCGUGCAAGGCGCGGCCCCUGGUCCUGGACCAUCCACUGGCCGCCGCCGCCGCCGCCACGUCUUCCUCUCCUUCCACGGCGGCGCCUACGUGCUGGGCAGCGUGCGCAACAUCGACGUCAAGCAGACGAGCGAGCUGUACCUACGCCACGCGCCGGCCGGCAGCGCCGUCUUCUGUCCCGAGUACCGGCUGGCGCACGAGGCGGGCGGGCGGUGUCCAGCCGCCUUCCAGGACGCGCUGACGGCGUACGCGCACCUCGUGCUCGCUCUCAACAUCCCGCCGCGCGACAUCGUGCUGACGGGCGACUCGGCCGGCGGCCACCUGGCGCUGGCCCUGCUGCGCUACCUCAACGCGCACCGGGCCGACAUCCCCGAGCCCGGCGGCGUGCUGCUGUGGAGCCCGUGGCCUAACAUGGAGCUGACCGUCGAGGAGGGCGCCCGCCGGCCAGCUAUGGGGCGCGACAUUAUCCCCAAGAAGAUGAUUACCUGGGCGUACCGCGAGUUCCUGCCUGCGCCCCACGCGAACAUAUCGCGCAGCAAUCCGUACAUGUCGCCCAACCUGCUGGCCGUGCCCACGCGCGUGCCCAUCUGGGUCCAGUGGGGUGCUUCGGAGCUGCUGAGCGAGGACAUCGAGAAACUGGUGCGCGUGCAGCGCGAGGGCGGGCUGCAAGGUGCCAGGUUGGGUGUCUGCGAGGUUCCGCACGCGCCGCAUUGCAUCGUUGCCAUGGCGGGCAUGCUGGGUUGGACGGCCGAGGCCGAGGCAGCUGUCGAUGAGGCGAUGCGGUUUUUGGAUGAGGAGAAGUAAGCGGAGUCUGGGCGUGAAAUGAGGUUGGUCGAAAGAGAAGAAAUAAACAGACUGAGCGCCUUGAAGACUGAGCGCCUUGAGCUCAAAUGAUGAAAGAAAUCCAAGAGCC